CUGAGAGCAGAAGGGGCAUGGAAUAUCUGUGAUUGUGAGAGACCAUAAAUUCAGUGCAGCCUGACAGAAACUCUCAGAUGCAUCUGCUGUCAUCUCUGUUCUUCCCUUCAACACUACAACUUCCAACUCCAUCAUAGCUAUCAACAAAGCUCCAGAUCACUCCUUUUUAUGAGCAGCUUUUUGCAAAACCACCUCAGAACUUGCACAUUCAACAAUUUUCAGACAGAAAUCCAUUCUGGCAAAGGAAGAGAGAAUAAAGAAAAAGGACGAGAGUAAGAGCGCAUAAAGAGGACAGUGUAUUGUUAAAAAAAAAAACAAAAAAAAAACAGAGCACCAUAAAAGCAACAUGUCUUUAGAGGUGAAUGAAAAGACAGAGGUGCGUCUGGUGUUUCUGGGAGCAGCUGGAGUGGGGAAGACCGCCCUGAUCCGACGCUUCCUGCAGGACACCUUUGAGCCCAAGCACCGGCGCACAGUGGAGGAGCUCCACAGCAAAGAGUAUGACGUGGGGGGCAUCAAGAUCACCAUCCACAUCAUGGACACCAGCGGCAGCUACUCCUUCCCGGCCAUGCGCAAGCUCUCCAUCCAGAACAGCGACGCCUUUGCCCUGGUCUAUGCCAUUGAUGACCCCGAGUCACUGGAGGCAGUCAAGAGCCUGCGAGAGGAAAUCCUGGAGGUCAAAGAGGACAAGUACACACCCAUCGUGGUGGUGGGCAACAAGAUUGACCGGCAGAACGAGAGGCAGGUGUCCAGCGAGGACGUGCUGUCCACAGUGAAGCUGGACUGGAACAACAGCUUCCUGGAGGCCUCGGCCAAAGACAAUGACAAUGUGAUUGAGGUAUUCAGGGAGCUGCUCCAGCAGGCCAACCUGCCCAGCAGGCUCAGCCCUGCUCUGCGCAGACGCAGGGAGACCUUCCCCAAGGACACCAACAACCGACCGCCCAUGAACAAGACCAACAGCUGCCUCAUCUCUUAAUGCUGGAGAACCACCUGGAGGGUUCAGAGACAGAGAGACUGACAGAGGGUGAUGAAAAGAGAAAAUUGAGACAGAAGAGGCUGAAAAGGGCUUUUUUGGGUUUACGGGGCUGGCUUGGAGAGGGACAUAUCCAGAUCCAGUGUUAAAUGUGUUAAUGUUGAAACUGACUGCUGACUCUAAUGAAAAACUCACUGGGUGAGAAGUGAUGAUUGCUUGAAUUCUCAAAGAAAGGCACCACAGAAAUGCUGUGAUGAGGAGGGUGUAUAAACAUUCCCAUAAAAAAAUUAAAAAGUAUCUCUGAGCAACUGAAGAAUGAAACGGUGCAAGGACGCUACUUCAUAUGGAUAAUAUAUCCCUGGGAAAAAAACAUA